GACUUGCUCUGCGUACGUAAGCGACGACGUCACGCGUUCACCCUCCAAUCGACGACCUUUCCAAAAACUUCCUUCUUCUUCUUCCUCGAUCCUCCCCCAACCCCAACGUCAUCUCAGAUCUCUCCUGUCCUCUCCUCUCCCCAGAAGGCUCCUGUACAAGUAGCAGGCGGCUGCCUGCAGCAGGCAGGCAGGCAGGCAGCAGAAGCUGCACAUCCAUCCAUUUUCUUGCUGCAGAGAUCUUCUCGAUCCUGCAUCGUCGUCGUCGGGUCGAUCGUCUCUCGCGCGUAGAGUACACAGGGAAUCACACUCUCUGAUCGAUCGAGCUAGCUAGGAAGCCAAUAACCCAUGGCUACGCCGGCGGUGAAGGUGUACGGGUGGGCUAUCUCGCCGUUCGUGUCGCGGGCGCUGCUGGCCCUCGAGGAGGCCGGCGUCGACUACGAGCUCGUCCCCAUGAGCCUCCAGGCCGGCGACCACCUCCGCCCGGAGCACCUCGCCAGGAACCCUUUCGGGAAGGUGCCGGUGCUCCAGGACGGCGACGACCUCACCAUCUUCGAAUCCCGAGCGAUCGCGAGGCACGUUCUCCGCAAGCACAAGCCAGAGCUGCUAGGCACCGGCAGCCUGGAGCAGGCGGCCACGGUGGACAUGUGGCUUGAGGUGGAAGCUCACCAGCUGAGCCCGUUGGCGAUCGCCAUUUUGGUAGAGUGCAUCUUCGCGCCGUACCUCGGCCGCGAGCGCAACCAGGCGGCCGUCGACGAGAACGUCGAGAAGCUGAAGAAGGUGCUGGAGGUGUACGAGGCGCGGCUGAGCGAGAGCAAGUACCUCGCCGGCGACUUCCUCAGCCUCGCCGACCUCAGCCACUUCACCGUCAUGCACUACGUCAUGGCCACCGAGUACGCCGCGGUGGUCCAGGCAUUGCCGCACGUCAACGCCUGGUGGGAGAGCCUCGCCGCGCGCCCGGCGGCGAAGAAGGUGGCCGAGUUCAUGCCCGUCGACGUGCCCGGGUCACCCAAGAAAUUACAGGAGUGAGAUGAUGAACAGUACUGUGAUGUGUGUGUGUGUGCUAGCUGUGGUUAAUUACGUACUUUUAUCUCAUGUGUACGUACGUGGUGUAUGUCUCUGUAGUUGGUGUAUUUCGCUGCUUGAUUCCGCCAUAGAAUAACACAGCUGUUUGUUGGAAAUUCAAUGUAUUUCAUCACAGUUUAGGAAACAUGUUUUUCAUUGGAUUUCA